UCUCCGGCCCAUGUAAAUCGGCAAACCCCCUUUACCCGUCCGGAGUCUCAUGACCUAAAUGUUCCACAUAGCCCGGAUGUCAGACUUUGCUUUUUACUCUGGACCUCGUUCGCUAUGCGCUGCAAAAUCAAAAGUGAACCUCCCCUCCCCUUCUUCCUCACAUUUAAUCUCCAGCAAGGGGCAGUUGCAACGAGCGACCAGCGCUACUUCUACCUCCGUAAGGUAGAGAGACCCCUCGAGCCACGUAUCCCCAAGCGCCACCGAACCAAGUCGUGGUCAGGAGGAAACUAGGACCAUAAUCGCAUCUCAAAGUCGUCCCCGAGAACGCCGCCGACGGAUAUGGUAGGAGAAUACCAACCUCUGUUUCGGCCACAUUCUUUCACUCUGCCUACAUGUACUGAGUAUGGCUACAACCCUCAUUCGAUGUAUUAACCCGGAGAUAAGGUAGACAAGAUGCAGCUGCACAGCAGAAGCAACUUAGGGGAAGUGCCUCCCGACUCUCACCAGCAACACGUUUUCGAAUCAAAGCGGUAUCCCAACCCCAUCACCGUGGAUCAUGACGAUGUUGACUCGAACUGCAACGCCGCGCCGGCCGACCGGACCGACAUGCACCUCCGCAUCGCUUCAAUUUUCAUCAUCUUAGUCUCCUCACUCAUCGGGGCUUUGCUUCCAAUUCUACUAAGAAAAUUCGCGAAGGGCGGCUUCGCCAAGGCGAUGCUCUUUGGGUCGAAGUUCGUGGGGAGCGGCGUGAUCAUUAGCACGGCCUGGAUGCAUCUCAUGGCACCGGCCGCGGCGGAGCUGGGCCACGAAUGUGCGCGUCGGAGAUUGGGGAGGUUUGACUGGGCUUUCUUCAUCGCCUUGAUGACCGUCAUGAGCAUGUUUCUCGCUGAGAUUCUUGUCACGCAUUUCGGCCACCGCGGCUCCAAUAACGCCAGCAGCGCGUCGCGGGUGUUCCUGUUACCCGAGGAAGCCUAUUCGCAUUUGGAGCAGCAGCAUGUGAGAGGUAACGGGCGGGACAGGACCAACAAUGCCGACAAUCCGUCGUCUCAGCAUUGUCAGGACGAUGGAGGAUCCUCCCCGGCCGAAUCCGAGCGUACGAUCGUCGCCACACAAGGCGACCCGCACAAGAAAUCUGCAGAAGACCACCCCGGCCUUGUCAGUCAACUUACAGCUGUGUCGAUCCUCGAAUUCGGCAUCGUCUUCCACAGCGUCUUGAUCGGUCUCGUCCUCGCCACGACUUCCAACUUGACCGUCCUGCUGAUCGCGAUGGUAUUCCACCAGCUUCUCGAAGGUCUCGGCCUCGGUGCUCGCCUGGCCGACGCUCCCUGGCCCAGAAACCGCUGGUGGCUUCCCUACAUGUGCGCCUGCCUCUUCGCCGUCUCCACACCCAUCGGUACAGUCGUCGGCUUGGUUGCCCAGCCCAGGAGCGCGGCAGACCAGCUCCUUAUCACUGGUAUUUUCGACGCGAUUAGCGCAGGCAUCUUGAUGUACACCGGUCUUGUGGAGUUGCUGGCACAUGAGUUCUUGUUGAAUCCGGAGAUGAGAAGCAGCCCGUUGAGAGCCCAGCUUAGUGCCUUUGCGUGCAUCUUGGCUGGGACGGGAGGCAUGGCUUUGUUGGCGAACUGGGCAUGAAGUGUGGUUUGCUUUCCAGGAGUAGAGAACCAUAAGGGAGAAAUGCGCGCAUAGCCUGCCUAGCCUCCAUAUCCAUGGCCCUUCGCUGUCGGAGAGACCUUAAGAAGCAUACAGGAA